AUGAAGGUUGCUUUGCUUGCUUGGCUGGCCUUGGCUGGGACAACCGUUGCCAGUCCAACUGCUGCUGCUGCCCUGCAAGCCCGAUACCCGCCACAGGCUGGCUCAGCACAAGCACGCGAGCUUUACGAACUGGUCAAGAGAGGGUUGCAGAGCUGGGGCCUGGCGGGCGCCGUCUACGCUCCCAGCGGACACAUCAGCGGUCCGUCGGCCAAGUUCCCUGGCGGCCUACCUGAGUUGAACCGACCCCACCCCCCGAAGCAGGACGGCGUGCCCGGUACGCCGGGCCACCCCCUCGGCCCUCACAAGAAGCAAGGGCGCAUCUACCAGAGGCACCGAUCGUGCGCAAGGGUGAAGCGCAGCAGCACGCGGUGCCCCGCCGGCACGACCGCGGUCAGGCGAGCCUCCAGGUACCCGAGGCUCCGCCUCAACGGGCAGGGCGGCGUCAUGGUGGCGUUUUCGACCCUUUCGCCUCAUGCGCAUGGCGUGUUAGCCGCGGUCAAGAAAUGGGAUAACCCAAUUGGCGCGGCCGUCGCAUGGUUUGACAAUUCAAUGACGAGCCUCCAGGAGAGCAUUGGCGGAAAGCACGUCCCUGAGAUUGACGGCAACGAGCUCAAGCUAUGGCUUAUUUGCCUCUUCCGGGGCAGCAACCCUAAAAACCCAGAUGUCAUUGAUAAUCUGUGCCAGCGCCGCCGGGACGCGCCUCUCGAGGAGAAGAAGCAGCAGCAGGCCAUUGACGGGCUGAACCAGGUGGCCGAGCUGUGCGAAAAGGUGGAGGAGGAAGAGGAAUCCCGUCCCCGGGACGAGGGGCUGAAGACGGAGAUUCUGGCGCUCUGCGACAAGUAUAGCGAGACAAUGGAGGGCCUGGUCGACGCCAACGCCGGACUGGUCCUGCUGGGCGAGUGGGCUCGUGCCCGCACGCUCAACAAUGAAAACGUUGAUAUUGCCGACACGGCCGUUGUGGAGGAUUUCAUCAAAAAGGGCGCCUUUGGACCAGAAAUGGCCGCCAACGAGACCGACGUGCAAGACAUUGCCGGGCUGUACAUGGAGCACAUGUCGGAUUAUGCCAUCGUGGAGAUUGAGGACGACGGGGCCGAGGUGCUCAUUGACCACAGCCAGCCGCCGGCGUGGCUGGAGCUGCUGCAGAUGGGCGCGGGCUUCGUGCCCGAGGACCGCGAGGCCAUCAACGAGGCGCUGCGGCUGCUCGAGGGCACGCCGCACCACCGCCACCUCGACAAGGAGGCCGGAGACGGCUUCUUCGAGAGGGUCCAGACGUGCUGGGACCAUGCGGGCCUGCUCAUGUUCCAGCCGCGGCGGUGGGACAUUGUCGCGGCGGCCAUGACCUACCUCGAGGGCAAGGUGCGGGACACCAACAGCGACCUCGCGUGCGCGCCGUGCCUGGUGCCCGCGGGCUUUUGGGUGCUGCGUUGCGGAUCGGCCGUGCCAUAA